UCGACUGGCAGAAAGAAUUUGACAGCCAUUACGGCUCCUAUCGACCUAGGUAUCAUCGCACGAAUUGCGAGAAGGUCUGCCCUAGUCCAGAGAGCCAGCAGCCAUGCACCAAUGCGAGCACUGCUCCUCGUAACCCUAGCGCUCGUCCAAGCCCAGCAUUACCACCAGCACCACAUGCCGCGCGCAAAAUUCGACGACCAGACGGGCGCACCGCUCAACGACGCAGCGCGUGCCAUCCUCGCGCGCCACUCGGCGACCGCGCCCGCGCCCGGUGCCGGCGCGACCGAGGCGUUCGACUCGCUCGUCGACGUCGCCGUGGCCGCGGGCACCUGGAAAUUCGUACUCCUCGAAUGCGAACUCGACGGACGACGAAAACGCAUCGUGCGAGCGCUGCAGGGUCUAAAAUAUCACGCGGAGAACUACGACGUGACCGCCGCGCCGCUCAAGGCAUUGGGGGUCCACGUCCGCGUCGUGGGCGGAGGACGCAUCAAGCGAGACGACGCCGCCAAGACGAUUUCUGUAUAUGGCUACUCGAAGACGUUCGGCCGCAGCCCCGGCUGCAACGAGGCGACGGCCGAGAUGAUCCGCGCGGCGCUCCCGGGCUACCGCGUCGACUGGUCCGACGAGGGCUACUAA